AUGGAUCACAUCAGAUCCAUCCUGCUCACCCGCCCGCCUCUUGCGCUCUUGACCCUCGCCGUCACUUCAACCAUAGUCUACUGUCUUGCUCUUGCAAUCUAUCGUCUCUACUUCCAUCCCAUUGCCCAUUUUCCAGGCCCCAGGCUCGCCGGGCUGACAAGAUGGUACGAGUUCUACUACGAAAUCGUCCAAAAGGGCCAAAUGACUUUUCACAUCCAAGAUCUUCAUAAGAAAUAUGGUCCCAUCGUCCGAGUGACACCCAAUGAAUUGCACAUUCUCGACUCCGACUACUUUGAAGAACUUUACGUCAAGUCUGGGAGGCUCGAUAAAUAUGCCCCCUUCUCUGCCAGGUUCGGCACCGAUGAUACCUUCUUCACCGCGCCGCUGCAGGAAGACCACCGUCGCCUGCGCAAUGCCGUAGCCCCUUUCUUCUCCAAGCGCAAAAUCAUGGACUUUCAGCCUGUGGUGCAUGCAAAAUCGAGGAAGCUUUGCUCCAGGGUCCAGGAAUAUGCUGGGACCGAUCGUGUGCUUCCGCUUCACCGUGCCUGGACGGCAUAUGCGGGAGAUGUCGUGACCGAAUUCUGUUUCGCAAAGGCAUACGACCACCUCGACUCCCCGGAUUUCAAGGAGACGUUUCACGAAGCAAUGCACGCCGCCUGCGAAUCGUCCAGCGUGUUGAUGCAAUUUCCAUGGCUGUGGCCUGUGAUGAACAGUCUGCCAGAUUGGUUGGUGCUGAGGCUCGAACCAAACAUGUUCAUGCAUAUACAAGUGCAACAGGACUUCCAUCGGACCAUCUCCGCACUCAAGGAGAACCACGACGAAUCCAAGAAGAUGGUUGAUCAUCCCACAUUAUUCCACGAGAUGCUUCACAGUGACCUCUCCCCCAAGGAGAAGUCGGUGAAACGCAUGGUGCAAGAGGCUCAAGUCAUCAUUGGGGCCGCCAUUUUGACCACCUCGUGGGCCGCGGCGGUGGCCAGCUUCCACAUCAUUGACAACCCUGAAAUCUUUCGGAAAUUGCGCGCCGAGCUCGAAGAAGCCAUUCCCGACCCAUCGACGCAGCCUGACUGGCAAAGCCUUGAGCAAUUGUCCUACCUGACAGGGUGUAUUAAAGAAGGUAUUAGGCUAGCAUAUGGCAUUGCUUCGCGGCUGCCUCGCGUUGCUCGCCACAACUUGAAGUAUAAAGACUGGGUUAUCCCGGCAGGCACACCGGUCUCCAUGACCAUCGUCGACAUGAAUCAUGACGAGGAUGUCUUUCCUCAGUCGCAUUCGUUCGUUCCAGAAAGGUGGCUGAACAAUCCAACCACAAAGGACGGCCAGCCAUUGGAGAGAUAUUUCAUUGGCUUUGGGAGAGGAACAAGGCAAUGUAUUGGUCUGAAUCUUGCUCAAGCUGAGCUGUACAUUGGGCUUGCCACAAUCUUUAGGCAGUUUUCUUUUGAAUUGUAUGAGACUGACCUGUCGGACACGGUUCUAGCUCACGAUUACUUCGUGCCAACUGUCAAGCUCGAUACCAAGGGGAUCAGAGUCAAGGUGAAAUCGGUGGAAAAGUAG